AUGACCGAACGCAAAGUCCUAAAUAAAUAUUUCCCUCCAGACUAUGAUCCUUCAAAAAUACCUCGUCUUAGAAGAGGCGACCGACGUAAACAGUUUAAUAUUAGAACAAUGGCUCCAUUUAACAUGAGGUGCAAUACGUGCAAUGGUUAUAUAUACAAAGCUAAAAAAUUCAAUUCGCGAAUGGAAACUGCAGAAAAUGUAGAUUACUUGGGCCUAAGACACUAUCGGUUUUACAUCCGAUGUCCUUUGUGCUGUGCUGAGAUUAUCUGGCGUACUGAUUUAGAAAGCGGAGAUUACGUCCUAGAAAGUGGGGCUAAAAGAAACUUCGAAGCAUUAAAAACGGCUGAAGAACUGGAAGCUAAACGUCAAGCUGAAGAGGAAGAAGAACUUGCUAACAACCCAAUGAAAUUAUUGGAAAAGAGGACUGAUCAAAGCAAACAAGAGAUGGAAAUGGUCGAAGUAAUCGAAGACUUGAAACAGUUAAAUCAACGUCAAGCCACCAUGGAAGCAGAUCAUGUUCUUUUGAGGCAAAUGUGGCGAGAAGAAGAAGCUGUCAAGGAGGCUGAAAAAGAAGCAGACGAUGCUCUAAUAAAGGAAUUACUUGCUUCAAAAUCCGAGCAAGUCCACUCAUUACCACUGGAGUUUGGAGGUGAAAAUUCCUCUAAGCCGAUCAGAAUACCAGCUUUGAAAGAUCUUAUGAAAGUCAAUAGAAAGGAACCAGUAGAAAUUGGGAAAUCUUAUCUAAAGCGACAACUUCAAGGUGUUUUACGGGUGCAAAAGAGGUCAGUAUCAGAAACUAAAAUUCCAAAGCUUGAUGGUGAUUCUAAAGCAUCGACCAUGAAUAACAUAAAUGUUUCAAAUUCCUCAACGAAUAAUUCGUUAACAAAUGAUAAACCAAAAGAUAGUAAUGUUGAUCAACAGGUGUCAUGUACCAGUAAUGAUAAUAAUGAUAAUACUCAGCCGUAUCAACCAUUACCUGGAAUGGUUUAUUCAGACCAUAGUGAUAGUGAUUGA